CAGAAAAUCCAUCAAAUUUUCGAUUCAAUUCUUGCUGCUGAUUACUAUACAGAUAACAAUUAUGGAGAUUCAAGCAUUAAUGGAGUUUCCACGGAGAAAUAUAGAUAAGCGACCUCGGAAACGGCCUCGUUUGACAUGGGACGUAGGGCCUCCAAUUCCACCAAUUCUAAAGGUUCUUCCAACAAUAUACUGCGGGCAAGAGUUCAGAAAUGGAGCAGGGAUGAAUUAUGCUUAUUCUUCAAUAUAUUACAAAGGGAUCCCUCAUAAUGGAUCCCCUCCUCAGAGACCGGAUGAUAAAGAUGGCCACUAUGUGUUUUUCAUUGGGGAGAACUUAACUCGUCGUUAUAGGAUACUUAGCAAGAUGGGGGAAGGAACUUUUGGACGGGUCCUUGAAUGCCUCGACAAUGAAACAAAGGAACUUGUGGCAAUUAAAGUUGUUCGCUCAAUACAUAAAUAUCGAGAAGCAGCAAUGAUCGAGAUAGACGUUCUACAGAAACUUGUCAGGCACGAUCUUGGUGGCAAACGUUGUGUGCAAAUAAGGAAUUGGUUUGACUAUCGUAAUCAUAUAUGUAUUGUUUUUGAGAAGCUUGGUCCAAGCUUAUACGAUUUUCUUCGCAAAAACAGCUACCGUUCAUUUCCCAUUGAUCUUGUCCGAGAGUUCGGAAGACAACUUUUGGAGUCUGUAGCAUUUAUGCAUGAUUUGCGACUGAUUCACACUGAUCUGAAGCCAGAAAAUAUUCUCCUUGUUUCAUCGGAGUACAUUAAAGUUCCAGAUUACAAGUUUCUGCUGCGACCUGCAAAAGAUGGUUCCUACUUCAAGAAUGUGCCAAAGUCAAGUUCUAUUAAGCUCAUUGACUUCGGCAGUACAACAUUUGAACAUCAGGAUCAUACUUAUGUGGUGUCUACACGUCAUUACCGUGCUCCGGAGGUUAUCUUAGGUCUUGGAUGGAACUAUCCCUGUGAUAUGUGGAGUGUAGGUUGCAUACUUGUUGAGCUUUGCUCUGGUGAGGCUCUUUUUCAAACACAUGAGAACUUGGAGCAUCUUGCGAUGAUGGAAAAGGUGCUAGGGCCUCUUCCUCAGCACAUGGCUGUAAGAGCUGACCGCCGUGCUGAGAAAUACUUUAGAAGUGGUGCAAGGUUGGAUUGGCCAGAACGUGCAACUUCAAGUGAAAGUAUGAGGGCCGUCUGGAAAUUGCCUCGUCUCCCGAACCUGAUAAUGCAGCAUGUGGAUCACUCUGCUGGAGAUCUCAUAGAUCUUUUGCAAGGGCUGCUUUGUUAUGACCCAACAGAACGGCUGAAAGCUAGAGAAGCAUUACGGCACCCCUUCUUCAGUAGAGACCUGAGAAGGUGUGGUUAUCCAAUGUAAUUGACAACCUUUUAUUUUCACGUGUGUUUCAGUUAAAAAUAUGUGUGAAUGAGCCCUUAUAAUGAAAUAUCCUCUUCUCUCUCUA